GUUAAUUUUGUUGAUUUUUAUAGGUUCGAGCUACUGUUUGAGCUACUAUGUAAACUCACGGCAAAUGGAAGCAGUAGCCAAAAUAAACGAGGGCGUUCGUUAAAUACACUUCUAUACGCCCUCGUAUAUUUUGUAUGUGGCAUCCCCCGGCCGUGAGUUUCCAUAUUCUAAAACGCCAGGAGACUUGCCUCACAGUUUUUUAAUUACCCCCCCAACCACCCUGCCUGUAAUCAUUAACCUCGUUCUCUCGUGUAUAUACUGCUUCCGCGAGAACGCCAUUCCCCGUCUUCAAUCUACAGCCAAUGCAAUCCGCGGCAGCCAACAAUCUUAAGUCUACAAUAUGCACCCCUCCCAGCCUCCACCUAUUUUGCAGCUCCCUUCUCCUUCUCCACCUCAUCUGCCCAGUUGCUCCCGCUCAGACCGCCGCCAAGAGAUAGCUUAUCAAGUGCCGCAUGCGCAGGCUUUGCCGGCGCCGGUGCCUGAGCUGGCGCUGCAGUAGCCGGGAGAGCAGGGAAUUCGUCUGCAGCUGGCGUGGCAGUUGUCUGGCCACGAGGCCCAGCCCCGCCACCACCACCACCACGAUGUCCACGGCCUCCUCGUCCACCGCGACCACCGCGUCCCCCGCGCUCGCCAAACUCCGGACUAGAAGCCGGCGCAUUGAUAUCCUGCCACAACCCACUGCGCUGUCCCCCAUCACCCCUCGCCCUCACCCCCCCAUGCGCACCGCGAGUAUACUGACUACUCGACCCCCUCGACCGCCCAUUCACAAUAUCCGCCUCCGUCUUCUCGCUAUCCCACUCUCUCCCACCCUGCGCCUUGAUCUUCCGCUCCCUGUUCUUCGCACGCUCCAUAUCCAUCUGCCUCACGCUACGACGCUCCUCCAUCCGCUUCGCCGCCGCCUGCUCCUCGCGCUUCAGGUACGCCGCCUCAUCCUGCUCCGCCCGCGCGUGCGCCUGGCUCUUCGCAGCGUUCUUGACUUGCAUGCUCGCCAUCAGCGCCGUAAGCUCGGCCUCCGUGCGCUUCUGCGGCUUCGCGGGGCCGGUGGCCGAGCGGUCGCCACGAACAGAGGUGACGCGGCUUGCGAGCGGUUGAGAGGGUGCGGCGGCGCCGCCAGCAGCGGCGACGGUGGCUGGGUCGAAGGCAGGUGUGGGUGCUGGGGGUGGCGUCGGAGCUGGAGGUGGGGGGCUGGCGAGAGCGUGUUGCUGAGCUGGUGCGCGGGGUGUUUGGGGCGCGCUUGCGCCGCGGCGAGUGCCGCCACCACGGCGGGCAUUGUUGCGAGGGCGGAAUUGCUGUGGUGGGGGUUGAGGGGUAGACUCUGCCUCCUGCUGGCUGGUGUGGGCGGCGAUGUUCUCAGCUGAGAGCACGGCAGGAGUAGGGAGGUACUGCGGGGCCUCGGGGGGGUAGAUUUCGUCGGAGAAAAGGUCGUCAGCCCCUCGGCUCUGGGCAAAGUCGUCCUCCAUGUCGACGGGGUAAGAUCUGCUCCGAUCGCCUCCACGAACGGACGUGUUGCGCUAGAAACACCGGCUGUUUGCACCUGAUGUAACUUGGUCUGGCGUGCGUACGUGUGUGCUGUGUGUGUAUGUGCGUGCUGGUUGUUGAUUGCUAGACAAUAACAAAAGCGUCUAUUGGACUAUUGGGUGGACUGGGUACGGAUACGA